AUGUGCCCGAUAUGGUUCAAUUUUGAGAAAGUGGUUCAAGCUUUAAAUGGAAACCAUACGUUUUACUUGAAUGUCAAAGAUCUUCAAGCCAUUGUCAAGGAGGUGUGCUUUGUUAAAGACGAGACUGAGCUUGGAGUAAUGCUAGAUUUCUAUCAUGACCUUGGUGUGGUGGUAAAACAUGGCAGCACAGUUGUACUGCAUGCUCCAUGGCUGAUUGACUUGUUCAAACAACUGAUUACUAUUCCACGUUACGAGGAAGUGGGCCUAGAAUCCAGACUUAUCAAGCACUGGAAAUAUCUAGAGGAAACAGGGAUCCUUUGCAUGGAACUUGUGCGUCAUGUGUUCUCAAAGUUUAUUAAGGAAAAUUCUGUAGCAGAAAAGGACAUCCUAGACAUGAUGGAGCGUUUUGGUCUUGUUGCUAAGUUUGUGAGAUCAAAGCAGGAGCCUGUGCAGUAUUUUGUUCCAGCGCAGCUUAAAGCAUUACCGAAAGAUCUGUGUGAAAUGGAAACAUCAGAAUUCGAUCCAUGUCCGUUAUAUCUUGAUUUCUUCAAUGGUUUUGUUCCCCAUGGAGUUUUCUACCACCUUGUCGCGCGUUGCAUUGGCUGGUGCUCGGAAAAUGGAUUUAGACGACCACCCACCCUUUAUAACCGUGCAGCCAGGUUCUUUAUCCUGAAGAAAUCUAUCCAUCAAUUCAUCCUUCUUUGCAGAACAAGGUAUAUCAAAAUUAUUUUGAAGCACAGAAAACCAGUCAGUGAAGCUGGUUUGGCCGAAGGAGCGGAAGUCGCUGAAGAUUUGCGAAAUUUUCUAGGAAGAACUUUGGAAGAUAUGUCCCAGCAAAUUCCUUGGCGUGGCAAUUUGAAGUACGAGUUGUGCGUUGAAUGUCCGUUUUGCCCAACGGAGAGAAAAAGUUGUCAGAACCAUGGCAAGAUAUCCUGCACCCAUGAAGACUGCUUAUGUCUUCUCAAGAUGGCACCAGUAGAACGACUGCUUUGUGAAAAAUGUCUCUGUGAUGAAGAAGCCUCGUUUCCUGGUCUUGAAAAAUGGUUCUUGAGGGUUCGUUCUAAGUACGACGUAGCCUCUACAUCACAAGUGGAACCUGUGCAAGAUUGUCAUCAUCUUGAAAGGUUGAAAGUUACUCUUCUAGGUGAAGAGUGGACCUCACAGGGUGGUGGACUGUCAACUUUCAACAGGGGACGGAACUGGCGAAACAUCUGGCGAAGCUGAAGCAUUCUGAAGUGGAAGUCACUGUGUUGGUUCCCUAGGAUGCUUGUACCCAGAAAGAUAAAGACGAUGCUUGGGGAAAUGGAGUCAGGGUUAUGGAAGCAAAGAAAUGUGUAUACUAUAAACCUGCUGAUUGGUUAAUUUCUCCACCGGAAGACUUCAAUGCAGAUGUUGUUUUUGGUCACGGAAGAAUAUUUGGACCACAAGUACAAAUUCUGAAACGACCCCCGUAUAAUUGCAAGUGGAUCCAAGUGGUGCAUACUGAUCGAGAAGAACUUGCCAAAUACAAAGGCUAUGAUUGUCCUAUCUCUGAAGGUCAGAGAAAACGCGACACUGAGAUUGCCCUCUGCAAAAUAGCUAAUCUCGUCGUACCCGUUGGACCCAAACUGUGCGAGAAGUACUCUUCAUACCUAGCGUCAAAACCAGAUGGAAAUAUUGUUCCGUUGACUCCAGGUCUUUUUGAAGAAUUUGGGGAUUUGCCAGAUUUAAAUAAAGAUCCAGAAGGGAGGUCCGAGUUCAAGGUGUUAUUGUGUGGUCGUGGUGAUCCGGAGGACUUUGAGCUGAAAGGUUACGACAUUGCCGCCCAGGCCUUUGCUGGCGGGGAGUUGAGGGAAACGCGGUGUAGCCUCUUGUUUGUGGGUGUCCGUGAUGGAGAGCAAGAUGAGAAAACAAAACUACUUCUCAGCUAUGGCUUCGAUAAAAAGCAGUUGUUCGUCAGAUGAUUUGUCGGAAGCAGGGCCAAAAUGAAGGACCUACUCUGUGAAGCUGAUCUGGCAAUCAUGCCGUCGCGCGCCGAGGGUUUCGGUCUCAUCGCCCUUGAGGCAUUGUCUGCUUGUCUUCCUAUUCUGGUCAGCGGUAAUUCAGGCUUCGCGCAAGCCAUAAGAGACUUACCGAAUGGAAAGUUGUUUAUUGUUGAUUCAGAGAAACCCGAGGAAUGGGCAACUGCAAUCGCAGCUGUUGAAAAACGGCAUAGGGAGUACGUACAGAAGAUCAAGGAACUGCGUGAAGCAUAUGGAGAGAAAUACAGCUGGGAGGAGCAGUGUGAAACUCUUGUGAACAAGAUGAGGAAGAUGGUUCAGGGUGUAAACUGAAGGAUAGAAAAUGCAGUUAAGCAAGUCAGGCGGAAAAUACAAGUGCACAAGCUUGUGGCGUUAAUACGCAACCCAGGAAGCUCUCACUCAGAUUGUGUUUCUCCCUACACUUCUUUCGUGCUGUUGCGGUUCCCUGCGAGGUUUUCAACAGAACGGGGCGAAGUCAGAGCUCCGUACCUGGAAAAUGGCAUAGCACCAAAUGAACUUAUUUGAGGCGCAAGCCUCCGUCAGACUUCGUCCUUCAUGCCUUUUUUUUAGUAAUUUGCUUCGAUUUAUGAUAGUAUCUGUACUGCCUCUUUCUGCUGACAGUUUUUAUGUUUACAAAGUAAGGAAAUCUUUAGCAAAAUGCAAGAUUAUUUUAACGCCAAAAGACGUGGUAUAUAUUUUUUGAGCAACACCUGACGCGAAUCAAAAGCGCAUACUUUCUUCCUUGGUCAAAUUUCCCGCAGAAAGACUUUCUGAGCAACAGUAAACCAAGUUUAAAAAAAAUUUAGAUAACUGUUAUUUAGUUAUUCCAAGAAAAUAAUUUUUGCCAAAAGUUUUCUUAUUUUUUUGGCUUUUUUAAAAGAGCAUUUUUUAGGUUAUUUCUACGCCAACAUCUACUUUCAAGGUGUAAUUUCCCUCUUUUACAAGAGCGUCUAUCCACGAGCUUGAUGAAUCCUAUAUCGUAUAAUAAAGUACUCGAAACGUUUGACUUCAACUUUCAAACUUGAAAGGAAAAACUAGCUAGCUAAGGACUUCGUUUACUUCGUAAGAAACUAGGGUGAUUGUUGAGGUAUUUUCUUCUCGAUACAACCCACUGUUAUCGACUAUUCUCGUCUCGCGUAAUCGGUUUCAGUUGUACCUCUUCUUCUUAGUUCGACCAAAUACGGAGUUAGCUGGACCGCAGUCCAAAUUUUUACAUGUUGACAAUUUCGAAUGGUAGGAAUACUAUGUAGAACGUUCCAACGUGAACGUGGAGGUUAAUAAUUAAUGCUUUUUAAAGCACACUUCCAACCCCGCUACCAGAGUCUCAUCUUUGCGCCCCUUGGAACGAGUGAGAGGUUGGCACACUUCUACUUUAAUCUGGUUUCAUGUAAUUUGCUCCUAAACACUGAAUAGAGUAUUGUAAUAAACUGACCGCUUCAACUGUA